AUGAAGGGAUUCUCGCUGAAGAAGGAUACAAAGAGCCAGCCUAAGCAGCUUGGAUUCUCUCUGAAGAAGCACAACAAGCCUCAAGCCAAGGCCAAUGCGUUUGGCUCAAAGGACGAGGAAGACACCGACAAGGCCAUAGCGAUUGAUGUUGUUGAUACUGAAGGUCAAGCCUACACAGAAUCCGAGGGACCGCCUGUGGAGGUUAGUAAAGAGCUCGUGAUACCUAGCUGUGGUAACACGUACAUCAAGAAGCUCGAACAGUUGAAGAAUAAGUUGCCGGAGGAGAAGAAGCUGGUGUACGGCAUCAACAUGAAUGAUGGUGCACAGCAUAGGGAAUCUCAGCCUGCUAUGAAGAAAGAGGUUGAGAAUAUCACUGGCGAGGCUACAACGCUAGAGGAGUACGAGGAAAUACCCGUGGAAGAGUUUGGUGCUGCCAUGCUCCGAGGAAUGGGGUGGAAAGGAAGUGAUGAUGGUGAUAAGAAGACAACGUCAAAGAGGAGAACGCUAUACUUAGGGCUUGGUGCUAAGGACCUUGGAGGCGAAGAUGAUGUUGCUGACUUCAAUGACAAGACUUAUUUACCUAUAAAGCUUGUAAAUAGACAAACUGGCCAAGUGUAUAAGGAGAAUAACAGGGAAAGGGAGCAUAGUCCGAAAAGAGUUGAUAAUUCAUACAGAGAACGAUAA